UAUAGCGAAAACUUUGAUUAAUUAAAAGUAAAGAAAAGCACAACAACAAAACACAAAAGCAGCUCAAUGCCGAGGAGCGCCAAGCAACUCUUCGUGGACUUUUUGUGCGUUAGCCUUGUUCGCCCGUUUGCCAAGGACACCAUUCAAUAAACAACAACGCGAACAAAGAGCAACAAACACAAAUACAAAAGAGCAAAAAACAGAAAGAAAAAAAAAAAAAAAAAAAACAAAACAAAGAACUUAAUCAAAUUUCCAGCAAAUCAUCGAAAUGGAAUUGAGCAUCGGAAUUGCCAAGCAUUUAGCGAGCUAUAACAACAGCAGCAGCAACAUCAACAGCAGCAGCAGCAACAUCAACAGAAACGGCAACAGCAACAGCAACAGCAACAACAACUGCAACAGCAAUAGCAACCAGAUCACUAUUCGAAGUUGUUCGAAAACUGAGUUGAGCCAUCGCUGCAACAAAAACAACGACAAACAUCAACUGAAUACCAAAAGCGACAACAGCAGCAGCAACAGCAGCUACAAUAACAACAACAAAAGUAACAAUAGCAAUAGCACAACGAUUCCGAUAACAGAAAUAGCAAGAACAACAACAACAACAACAACAACAACUUCAAACAUUACUAACCAGCUAGAUCGAACAGCCGAUACGGCAGCAACAAUGCAACGUCUACGUACAACAUUCACGCGUUCGCGCACGCCGACGGGCGCCGAGAUGAAGAUGCAGAAUAGCCUCGAGGUGCCCAAGCAGGUGCGCUCCGCCUCGUUUGACGAGAUGCAGCUGGAGGCGCAGCGCAUGUCGGCCCAUCUGCUGAAGCAGCAGUCGUCCUCGUCGGCGGACGAGAGAUCAUCGGAGGGCGGCUAUCUGCAGGUGCCGCAGGCGGCGCAUGCGCAACGCUCGCACAGCUUCGACUCGGCGGCUGCCUCGGUGGGCAGCGACGAUUCGGGCGCCUUCUUGGAGGUGCCGCGCCGUCUGAAGGCGCGACGCAGCUCGUCGACCAAAACACCGCCGCCCUGCAUCCAUUGCUACUAUUUGGAGCAGUACGAGAAGCAGAUGAGCGCCGAGCAGCGCUACUUCAUAGACCAUCGCGAGCUGUCGACGCUCAGCUACAGCAACACCAGCUCCGAGGCUAGCGACGAUGAGGACAUUACCGAAGCGCUCGAGGAUGACGAAGAAGACGAUGGGGCGGAGGGGCCAGCUGACGCCGAUGCAGAGCCCGAUGCGGAAAGGCAUAGGGAAGGGGAUAGAGAUGCGGAUGCGGAUGCGGAUGCCUGCGCUGAGGCGGAUGCCAGCGGAGGCACAGAGCUCGAUGACGAUGCGGCCGCCGAAAUGGACAUACGCAUGUCCAACCUGAGCAUGGGCAGCAGCAUUGAGGAGUCGAGGGCGCGUCUGCCACGGCAAAUGCGUCGCCACACGAUCGGCAGCUCGGUGACCACCUCCGAGGAUGAGGGCCUCGAGGGCUCCGACCACGGAUCGCCGCACUUCGGCAACACGCUGCUGCCGCCACAGCCGACCACGCCCUGUGGCAUCACCUUCACGCUGUCGCCCACCAACGGCGACUAUCCACCAUUUCCCACCUAUGCGUUUCCCAUUGACCCUAGCUCGCCGCCCAUCACGCCCAUUACGCCCACGCCGGCCGUGGUGCCAGCGGCGGCACCACCACCAUCAACGCCAGCCCCAUGCAUCAGCGGCGAUGUGGAUGAAACGGGCGUGGCGAUGGGCGUGCCACCGGGCCGGGCGCGGCGUCGCUCCAUAUCGCGGCAGGAGGCGAUAUUUGUGGAGCCCACCGGCAACUCGCUGGAGAAUGUGUCGCACGAGGAGGUGGACAACACCAAGUCGUCGGUGGACACGGCAGACUCGCUGGACGAAGCCUCCACGAUGGCCACCUGCGGCUCCCCAACGGCCGCCAAUGCGGCAGCUGCGGCAAACGCCGCUACGGCUGCUCAUCACGCCGGCUUCGUGGUGCGGGACAUUUAUCUAACUGUGCCGGAUCUGAAGCGAGAUCGUGCCGCCUCAGUGGACUCGUGCUUCACGAAGCUGUCGUCGGGCGGCAAGACCGAGGAGCUGCAGCCCACCGGCGACGGCUGCUUCCUUACCGUGCCCAACAUCAAUGCAACCCGAUCCCGCUCCGUGGACAUUGUCCUGCCCACCGACGAGCAGGCGCGCUACAAGGCGCUCGCCAUGACGGGCAGCGGCGGUGGCGCCAGUGGAGCAGCCGCUGGCCUCUAUGCGGAUGGACGCACGGCCUCGUCGAGCAAUGCCCGUAGACCGAUUCGCAUUGUGCCCGACUGGACGGAGAAUGCGGUGCAGGGCGAGCAUUACUGGAAGCCCACCUCAGCCUCGGGCGAUCUCUGCUGCCUCAACGAGGAGUGCAUUAAGAGCGGACAACGCAUGAAGUGCUCGGCUUGUCAGCUGAUUGCCCAUCAGAACUGCAUUCCAAUGGUGAAUGAAAAGACUCAACUAGCGUGUAAGCCAACAUACCGAGAUGUGGGAAUCAGGCAGUACCGGGAGCAGACGACCACCCACCAUCACUGGGUGCACCGCAAGCUGGAGAAGGGCAAGUGCAAGCAGUGCGGCAAGGCGGUGCAGAGCAAGCUAUUCGGAUCGAAAGAGAUUGUGGCUUUGUCCUGUGCGUGGUGCCACGAGAUAUACCAUAACAAGGAGUCGUGCUUCAAUCAGGCCAAGAUUGGCGAGGAGUGCCGCCUCGGCAACUACGCGCCCAUCAUUGUGCCACCAUCGUGGAUUGUGAAGCUGCCCACCAAGGGCAACUUCAAGUCUUCGAUACGCGUGAGCAACAAGAGCAGCGCGGCGGCCGGCGCUGGUGGCGGUGCUGGCGGAGGCGGUGCUGGCGGUAAGGGUAAGAAGCAGACCCAGAAGCGGCAGAAGGGCAAGGAGGAGAAGAAGGAGCCGCGCGCCUUCAUUGUGAAGCCCAUUCCAUCGCCGGAUGUAAUACCGGUCAUUGUCUUUAUCAAUCCCAAAUCCGGUGGCAAUCAGGGCGUCAAGCUCUUGGGCAAGUUCCAGCAUUUGCUCAAUCCACGCCAGGUGUUCGAUCUGACACAAGGCGGUCCCAAAAUGGGUCUGGACAUGUACCGCAAGGCUCCGAAUCUGCGGGUAUUGGCCUGCGGCGGCGAUGGAACUGUUGGAUGGGUGCUAUCCGUGCUGGAUCAAAUCCAUCCGCCGCUGCAGCCGGCGCCGGCGGUGGGCGUGCUGCCCUUGGGCACCGGCAAUGAUCUCGCCCGAUCUCUCGGUUGGGGUGGCGGCUACACGGAUGAGCCCAUUGGCAAGAUACUGCGAGAGAUCGGCAUGUCGCAGUGCGUCCUAAUGGACCGCUGGCGUGUGAAGGUGACGCCCAACGAUGACGUCACCGACGAUCACGUGGAUCGCAGCAAGCCGAAUGUGCCGCUGAAUGUGAUCAACAACUACUUCAGCUUCGGUGUGGAUGCGCACAUUGCGCUGGAGUUCCAUGAGGCGCGCGAGGCCCAUCCGGAGCGGUUCAAUUCGCGCUUGCGCAACAAGAUGUACUACGGCCAGAUGGGCGGCAAGGAUCUGAUCUUGCGCCAAUACCGCAAUCUCUCACAGUGGGUGACGCUGGAGUGCGAUGGCCAGGACUUUACUGGCAAGCUCCGCGAUGCCGGCUGCCAUGCCGUCCUCUUUCUCAACAUACCCAGCUAUGGCGGCGGCACACAUCCCUGGAACGACUCCUUUGGCCAGACGAAGCCCACCAUCGAUGACGGCCUCAUGGAGGUCGUCGGCCUGACCACCUACCAGCUGCCCAUGCUGCAGGCGGGCAUGCACGGCACCUGCAUCUGCCAGUGCCGCAAGGCCAAGAUCAUCACCAAACGCACCAUUCCCAUGCAGGUCGACGGCGAGGCCUGUCGCGUCAAGCCCUCCAUCAUCGAGAUCGAGCUGCUCAACCAGGCGCUGAUGCUAGCCAAGCGCAAGCACGGACGCGGAGAUGUCCAAGUCAAUCCGCUGGAGAAGAUGCAACUGGCCAUACUGAGGGUAACCAUGCAGCAGUACGAGCAAUACCAUUACGACAAGGAAAUGCUGCGCAAGCUGGCCAACAAGCUGGGCCAAAUCGAGAUCGAGUCGCAGUGCGAUCUGGAGCAUGUGCGCAACAUGCUGAACGCCAAGUUCGAGGAGUCCAUAUCCUAUCCGAAGGUCUCGCAGGACUGGUGCUUCAUUGACUCGUGCACCGCCGAGCACUAUUUUCGCAUCGAUCGCGCCCAGGAGCACUUGCACUACAUUUGCGACAUUGCCAUCGACGAGCUGUACAUACUGGAUCACGAGGCGGCCACCAUGCCACAGACGCCCGACCAGGAGCGCUCCUUUGCGGCCUUCUCGCAGCGGCAGGCGCAGAACGAGCGACGGCAGCUGGACCAGGCCCAGGGCCACAACAACGGCAACACGGAUGAGGACUUGCAAAUCGGUUCCAAGCCCAUUAAAGUGAUGAAGUGGAAGAGCCCUAUACUGGAGCAAACUUCCGAUGCCGUACUACUAGCGGCCCAGCGCGGCGAUCUGAAUAUGUUACGUGCACUACAUGAACAAGGAUACUCAUUACAAUCAGUGAACAAGAACGGACAGACGGCGCUGCACUUUGCGUGCAAAUACAAUCAUAAGGACAUUGUCAAAUACAUCAUCUCAUCGGCCACACGACGUGUCAUCAACAUGGCGGAUAAGGAACGCGGUCAGACAGCUUUGCACAUUGCCGCCGAACAGAAUCGCCGCGACAUCUGCGUCAUGCUGGUGGCAGCUGGCGCCAAUUUGCAAGCGCUCGACGCCGAGGGCAACACAGCCAUGAUGGUGGCGUUCAACAAGAACGCCAACGAGAUCGCCACCUAUUUGGAAAGUAAGCUGCAAGCUGAGCUGGCCAGCGGCCGGGCCAAUACCCAAUAAGCGAUAACUCACCAUCCAUCCAAUCCAGCGCAGUCCAUGUAGUGCUCGAAUAGAACAUCCAUCUAACAUAUAACCAUUCGUCUGUGUGUGUGCAUCCAGCAUUCGAAAUCCCAGCUGCGAAUCGUGUCCACGUUUAUAUUUCUAAUGCGCAAACACUUUACUCUUUUGCUGCCCACCAAAUGGAAACGCGUCUGCGAACUUGGCAAAAUGUUCAACUGAUGUAAAACUCAACAACAACAACAACAACAACAACCAACAACCAACAACAAACACUCAAUGCGAAUAUCAACAUUCCAACUCAAUUCCAAAUGCGACAAAACUGAAACAAUUCGCUGCUGGCCGAAGGUCAAGAGCGUUUCAUGCAUUUGGAGCUGCAAACCAGAAUUUAGACUUAAGAAAAUUCAUUAGAAAAUUAACAACAAAAACUAUUGGAAAUUCAGCUAAAAUGCGAAAAGAAACCAGAGGAAGAAUAUGAUGAAAAAGAUAAAGAAAGUGUUGCCUACUUCCGGGCGCACGAAUUUAAUUUUCA